UGCAACCUCAGUAAGAAUGUCAAACGCUGCUUUCGGUAGGAGCAGCCAUUGGAAGGACUGUCUGGGUUUUAUUUAAACUCCGCUGUCUUCAUCGCUUCAAUCUAGUCCUUCCCUCUGUGUCGGGGACAGCUGUGCUACUGCGCUUCGGUACUUCCCGGACCCUGAGAUUGAAAAUUACUCCGUUAACUCACCACUUCAGCCACAUAUCACAGCUUUCCUUUUAAAUCAAGUGUAACUGUACAAUACUGAAGCAGUGCCAUCGAACUUCGAAACCCGCUCGGACUGGGAUGGAUUCAGCGCGGUUUCUCACACCAUUUAUUACCAAGUGUCAGGGCUAAGUAGUUUGCAGGAAUUCCGUAGUUGGGGACUGUGGGGAAAGAAUUUAUUCUCUAUUUUGUUUGCUUUUUAGAGGUGGCAUAUAUAACUUCCCACCACUGCAUUAUAAUGGGAAUAUAUCUGCAUUUGCUGCUUUUGCAGUAUUUGAUCUCUAGUUUUGUGUGCAAUGCUCUUGCUUUCGUCGAGGAACCCACAGAUAAGCAAGCGAAGUCGGAUGGAUAUUGCGGCAGGAUUUUACGGGCACAGACACAGGGGACACGAAGAGAUGGCUACAAUGAGUUUCGGCUAAGAGUCGAGGGGGACCCAGAAAAUUACCAACCUGCAAGCACUUACAGAGUGUCCCUGUAUGCCUCCAGCCCCUCCUAUUUCAGAGGCUUUACACUCAUUGCUCUGAAGGAAGGGAAGGAAGGAACCACAGAUGACGACUAUGCUGGAAAAUUCCAGAUCAUAGAUGAAGAGGACACCCAGUUCAUGACCAACUGUCCGCCGGCUGUCACUGAGAGCACCCCCCGCAGGAGAACCAGGAUACAAGUGUUCUGGACAGCGCCCCUGUCUGGAAGCGGCUGUGUCAUCCUCAAGGCCAGCAUCGUGCAGAAGAGGAUCAUCUACUUCCAGGAUGAAGGCUCCCUCACUGUCAGACUGUGUGAGAAAGAGGCCGGGUUUGGUGAGAGCACAGACAAGCCCCCUCUGGAGUGCUGUGCCUGUGGAACGGCCAAGUACAGAGUCACCUUCUAUGGAAACUGGUCUGAGAAGAUUCACCCCAAAGAUUACCCCCGACGUGCCAAUCAUUGGUCGGCCCUCAUCGGAGCGUCCCACUCCAGGAACUAUGUCCUGUGGGAGUACGGUGGGUUUGCCAGCGAAGGGGUGAAGCAGGUGGCAGAGCUGGGCUCCCCGGUUAAGAUGGAGGAGGAGAUCAGACAGAAGGGUGACGAUGUUCUGACUGUCAUAAAAACCAAGGCACAGUGGCCAGCAUGGCAGCCUCUGAACGUGCGGGCGGCUCCCUCGGCUGAGUUUUCAGUGGACCGUACCCGUCACCUCAUGUCCUUCCUGAGCAUGCUGGGCCCCAGCCCUGACUGGAACGUGGGUCUGUCAGCAGAGGACCUCUGCACCAAGGAGUGUGGCUGGGUCCAGCGGCUGGAGCAGGACCUCAUUCCCUGGGACGCUGGCACUGACAGCGGGGUCACCUAUGAGUCGCCCAACAACCCCACCAUCCCCCAGGAGAGAAUCCGACCCCUGACCAGCCUGGACCACCCACAGAGCCCAUUCUACGACACAGAGGGAGGUCCUAUCACAGCCUUGGCACGAGUGGUUGUGGAGAGGAUAGCCAGAAAGACCACCAACCAGAUGUCAACCUCUCUUUUACAGAAGAUUUCCCAGGGAGAGCAGUGCAAUAUUGUCCCGGACACAGUGGAUGAUAUUGUUGCAGAUAUUGGCCAGGAGGAGAAGGAGGAAGACGACACUCCGGAGACCUGCAUCUACUCCAACUGGUCUCCGUGGUCUGCCUGCAGCUCAGCCACCUGCGAAAAGGGCCGGAGGAUGAGACAGAGGAUGCUGAAAGCCCAGCUGGACCUCAGCGUUCCCUGCCCCCACACGCAGGACUUCAAACCCUGCAUGGGGCCGGGCUGCAGUGAGGAGGAAGCGUCUACCUGUAUGAUGUCGGAGUGGAUCAGCUGGUCUCCGUGCAGUGUGACCUGUGGAAUGGGGAUGAGGUCUCGGGAGCGCUACAUCAAACAGUUCCCGGAGGACGGGUCCAUCUGCUCCCUGAACACUGAGGAGACAGAGAAGUGUGUGGUCAACGAAGACUGCUCUCCGGGUAGCUGUGUGGUGACGGAGUGGGGCGACUGGGAUGCCUGCAGCGCCACCUGUGGCCUGGGCAUGAAGCGACGGGAGCGCAUGGUGAAGAUGCCCCCCUCGGACGGUUCCAUGUGCAAGUCGGAGGUGGCAGAGGUGGAGAAGUGCAUGAUGCCUGAGUGCCACACCAUCCCCUGUAUGCUGUCUCCGUGGUCUGACUGGAGCGACUGCAGUGUGACCUGCGGGAAGGGACUGCGGACCCGCCAGCGCAUGCUGAAGUCCCUGGACCUGGGGGAGUGCACGGAGGAGCUGGACCAGGUGGAACGCUGCAUGCAGCCCGAGUGCCCUAUGGACUGCAUGGUGUCUGAAUGGACCGAGUGGUCCGAGUGUAACAAGUCCUGUGGCAAAGGCCACACCAUCCGGACCCGCGUGGUGGAGCUGGAGCCCCAGUUCGGAGGGGAGCCCUGCCCGGAGACGGUCCAGAGGAAGAAGUGCAAGAUCAGGAAGUGCAAACGGGGAUCCAGGGCCAGCGAGGAGAAAAGGAGGCUGCGGGGCGGGGUGGCAGUCGGCGGGAAGGAGAAGAAACGGAAGCAAGGAGGCCCGGAGGAUCAGCCGGGUUGCAAGAUGAGGCCCUGGUCCAGUUGGACGGAAUGUACCAAGCACUGCGGCGGGGGAAUCCAAGAGCGCUUCAUGUUAGUGAAGAAGAAAGCGAAGAGCACCCCAGCACAGGUCACAAGCUGCCAGGACAGGAAAGAGAUCCGUGCCUGUAACGUCCAUCCCUGCUAGAGGACACUGCCGUCGAUCUGUGUUUCUCUUUGAUACUAUACAAUGCACUCUUUGUUAGGGCUGGGUGGAGGAAGGAGAAGCAGAUUCGGUCGGUGUUGAUUUAGCUGGGUUCGGCAGUUGGUGGGAUGGAGGCUGUUCGCCUGUGUGUUGGAGGGAGAUGAAAGAUUCUCCAGAGACGCCAUUACUGUAGGCAUUUAGUGGAUCACUGGGCUGAGGACGAGACCAGAGUCAGUCAUUAGUCUUAUAGCAGCCUCCUCAGUCAGCAGGCCUAUGUAUUACUAUGUAACCUAGAACACUAUUCGAUUGCACCACAACCUCAUAAUCACACACAACACAACACAUGUUUUUUGGGUUUUUUUAUCGUGUUAUGUGUCUUUACACUACAGUUGUAUUGGCUCUACUAGCUAGCACUGACGACACACUUACAUUUGCAUGUCUAAUGUUUCUCAAAUCAGACAACUUUUGCUUCACUGGUCAUGGCCGUAGACGUCAAACUGGGGUCGUACUAUGAUAAUAGGACACCUGAAAAUCUUAAAAACAGCCACUUCAGUUCCGGCCUUUCGUCUCGAUCAUCAUUACAGAAUUUUCCCUCUUUGACAUUUUUUCCUGCCCAAUAUUUUUUAUCCAGGUCAAAGAAUUGAGUUUCACUGCAGCAUCAUGUAACACUAAGGCAGGACUCCAAACACCACUGCCCAGUUGAUUUGGGCAUGUAAACCUUGCUUGGUUCUGCCACAGUACCCCACACCAUUUGCACAAAGUAGCUCUGUGUACACAGCUGGAUUCAUCAUUGUUGCAGAAGAUCUGCAUUAUAACUCAAUUGAAAUUAAAGGCAAUGUUCUCACGUUUGCAGAGAGUUUAACAAUAAAAGUUACAUAUGUCUGAUCAGUCAGAAAUUACCUUUACAUUUGAAUGCAGAUCUUUGUUGGCAAUAGGGAUUUCAUCUUGUGCAAAUACUUUUUUUUCCUAAAAUCUUGAGUUUUAACGAAACGUUAUUGAAUGAAAAUACCAACCAAGUAAUGUAUAGAAUAUAUUGAAUCCUGUGGUUAGUUGGUUAAUUUGACAUUUAUAUUCUAAAACAAAGCACAGGUGAAGAAUCAUUCCAGGUUUUUGUAAGUCUCAUUAUUAUUUUCAAGACAAGAAUCUGUUGUGACUUUUUAUUCCACUGUAAUACAUGUAGAGGCUUAACAUAGGGGCCUCAUUGAGAGGGCAGAGAUUGUGUGCAUUAUUGGAUGUUUAGUUUCUUUGUCAUUGUAUUUUGUUAGCCAGACUCUUGCCAAAGUCGUGUGUAGAUGUUCUCUCUCAUUCUUUUCUGUCCUUUUGCCUCUACAACAUAUUACUAUUUUGGAAUAAAUCACCUUUACAAUAAAAGUAAAUGUGAGAAAUUA